AUGCAGGAUAUAAGUCAUUUUGAAGUUCAAGGAUUAUUUGAACAUGACGAUAAUGAUGAAAAUGAAAGGAUAGAUUUAAACUUUCGUAAUAUAGAUGAAAAUUUUACCACUGAAAUUCUUCAACAUUCAUUUUGUGAAGGUAUUCAACAAAUGAUUGAUGUUAAAAAGCUAAAUGAAAUUCGAGUUUAUCGAAAAACGCUAUUACAAGAAAUCAAAAAAGUUAUUGAAAAUCGUGGAUUUUCUGCUGAUCGAAGUGAAACAUGGAUAAGUGAGUGUUUUGAUAAAAUUUUAAAAUAUCAGAAUAAUGGCAUACCAAUGGAACGUCGUUCUGAACAAAGGAUAUUACAGUUAGUAUUAAAUAAAAAAAACUAUGAUGAUUUUCGUUGUAAUGAUGUCGUUCCACAAUUUCGAUCAAAAGGUGCAGGCAAAAGUGUCUUUAAUUACGAAGGUAUUCCAGAUGGUGCUUGCCAAUCCAAAGCAUCAACUGUAUCUCCAACUGUUAAAAAAAAUAUUGGAAUUAAUAAAAAUCACGUUGGAAAAUUUAAUCAAAGUAUUAAAUCAAUUAAUGUUCUUGAUCCAGAUGAUCCCUGUGUUAAAAAUCGAUUUUUACGAUAUGUAUCAGAAAAUAAAUUCGAAUCAUUUAUGAUCGUUAUAUCAGUUAUUUAUGAAAUUAAAGAAUUAAUAUUAAUUUUAACGGAUAAAAAUGGUGAAACUAUACAAAAAUUAACUGUUCAUAUUUUAGAAAAGGCCAUUGACCAGAUUGGAUCGUGUAUUACAUCAGUUCUUGCAGCCUUGUUACCUGGCAUUGGAAGUUUUGUUAUUGGAGUUUUAGGUGGACUUAUUUUUGGAUUUAUUGGAAAAAAAGUCGGUGAAUUAAUAUUUUCUUUAUAUCCAAAAGUUGCACCUGGUGAAGGGCCACCCAAAUCAGACUAUUUCUCAUUGGUUUAUGGUUCAAACAGCUGUUUUGGUGAACCUUUAAAUGAAUAUAAUUUACAAGACAUGUUUGGCAUACCAAAAUCAGAUGAUUCCUCAUUGGUUUAUGGUUCAAACAGUUAUUCUGGUGAACCUUUAAAUGAAUAUAAUUUGCAAGGCAUGUUUGGUAUACCAAAAUCAGACUAUAAUUAUUAA